AUGUAUAUUCGCGAUAAUCCCCCUGCUAAUAUUGAAGACGAAUUAUCAGUGCAGGCACAAUGCUACGGGUUACCAUUCGGAGCCUUUGGCAUUGUCUGUUGGUUAUUGACACUCUUUUCUAUUGCUUUAGUGUAUAUAAAAUGCCCUUUGUUCACGCCAUGGAGAUGGGGCCAGACUUAUAGAACACCAGAAAGACUAUGGGCAAUCUUCCCGUUUACCAUGAUUAUAGGACCGACAAUUUACACAUGUAUCAAGUGUCGGGGAGAAUGGAUGGUAGUACUCAUCGCGAUUGGACAACUUACUCCGUGGAGCGUAAAAGUAUUCAAUGACGGCUAUGCAGGCGGCGUGACAGAGGAUAGAAACAAAUUUUAUCUCACUCUUGGUAUGGUUACUACGCCUUUAUUAUCACUUUGUGGAUGGAUAGGUCUAACAGCGCUGAGUGUGGAAGUGCGAGAGACAGAAGAAUCUGUGAGUACAUGGAUAUGGUCAUUGUAUCUAGCAGGUUUCUUUGUGAGCAUAGUGAUUUACAAGCUGUGGGAAAAGUACGAUGUUGCAGACGGAGCAACUCGUAUACCUAGGAUAUUGAUAAUAUUG